GUGGAAGUAGGGAAUGGGUUGUUGUUGUGUGUGACGGUUUACCGUACUUGUUAUGUCAAUGAAUAAUAAAUUGCACAUAAAGGUGUCUACAAUGUGGUCAACUUGUAAGGGGAACUGGUGAUGCCAUCAAGCACUCUACCAAGUGCUCAUUUACCGAGAAUGAACACAACAGCCCGUCAAAUGAACAUCCAAUUGAGGGUUUUGUUUACGAGUUCGACUGGAUCUUGAUGAUUCCUGGCCCAGGGCAUAUCGAAAUGAAUAUGGUAAGAGCAUACAUUGCCUUGAUGUGGGAGGUUUUUUAUAAAGAAAUGGUUAAACUAUUCAACUUUAAAUCUGAAGUUGCUCAAGCAUACGCUAAGAAAGUAUCGGACUAUCACAAAGGAUUUCAACUGAUCACAAUUGCUAGGAACGCACUUGUGGAUGAACUCGUACUCCCCUAUGUGCGACAGGUAUUGCAGAAUAAGGGAACCAUUUCAACGUUGAAUUGUGCAGACUUUAGAAAUUUUGUGAAUGAAUGUACAAGUGUCAAUUAUAGAUUCAUCGCUGACUCAACAUUUAAUCUUCUGGUCCAAAUAUUUACGUACAGGGAGGGAGUACAGUCGC